AUGGCUGCUAAGAUCCCAUACUUCAAUAUAUUUUUAAUAAUCGCCAUUGUAAACGGAAGACCGGCACAAGCUCAUGAUGAAGGUGAAUUUGAUCUUCAGAAAAUAUUGCAGCUGUUGAAUAAUCAAGGUAAAUACAAUGUUGCAUUAAGUCAUCAUGAAGAUGGACCUAAGAGUCAUCACGAAGACAGAGCUCGCAUAUUACAAUACAGAGGCAACAAACCUCGUUAUAAUGAUAACAAACAAGAAAAACAUUACGCUACACGGUACGAAUCCACCGAAGACGCUGACUACAACCGCCGGCCCGAUAACAGCUUACAAGGUCUUAACAAGGCUCUUCAAAAUAAUGGUGAUAAAUUUCAGUACAAAUCUAAUGCAAACGACGUGCUAAGUCAGUUACUACCACUUGAUUCCAGAAAUUUUAAAGUGUACAAAGCAAGAGAGAACUAUGACAAUAAUGAUGACAUCGGAGCUUUCUUGAACGAUUUACAGAAAACCAUUGCUGACGAUAGCAACUUCGUAAGUGAAAUACGCUGCGCAGGAAACAGAUGCGGAAAGGACAGGAGCAGUCGAAACGAUAAUAAUAGGGAUAGUCUACAUUGCGUCGGCAAGAACUGUCCACCUGAAGACCAGAAACUGGUACGAGACGAAAGUGAAGAUUUAAUCUAUGAUGGAGCAGCCGACGGUAUUCAACUGGAUUCGAAGGUUUUAACGAAAAGAAUUAAACUAAGUGACGAUUUAGAAGCUAUAGUCCUAGGACUGUCGGACGUCAAACAUUUGCUAUCAAAAACGGCCUCACCAGCACUGGGUCAACCAUCAGCAGCAACAAAUGGACCAGCGUUGCCCGAAACUAGUGAUUUAGAAAAUCUUCUAAAUAUAAAAGCGAAUAAUAAACGACCGAAUGUAGAAGCGGUGGUGUUUGAUUUAACUCGAAUAGACGAUGGGGACGAUGUAGCUACACAGAUCAAGGAAUUACUAUCGGAAAACCAUGAGGGCCGAAACGCUGAGUUCGACGACUAUGUUAACACAGUCAGAAAAAAUGUUGAGAAGAGUUUGAAGUCAGAUAAAACAGAUAGUCCUAAAAUUUUGCCACAUAACGAAGACAAUAACAAUCUGUUACAGCGUUUUGAGAAGACAACAGAAAUGCUAACAAAUUGCAACCAGCUGUCUGCCAGCCGCCUCCGAGCAGCCUCCACCGAGUUCAAGAAGCAUACACAGCUACUUCUCGAGAUGAGGAAGGAUCUAGAGUUUAUAUUCAAGAAGAUCAGAGCUAUUAAAACUAAAUUGAGUACACAAUAUCCAGAAGCAUAUAAAACUGCAGUGGCAGCUUCAAUAGCCAACAGAAGACCAGCUGAUGACGAUGAUGAUGAAGACUUCAAACCUUCAGAGACCAGAACAGAAUCCAAGAUGGUAGCAACCGUCUCCACGGAAACCUUAAAACCUACCACUAGUGAUACUGGAAAAAAAUCAAAGAAAAAGGAUCUGGCUAGUGAUGAGAGUAACAAUAACAAAGAGCCCACUGUUGCCAGUGAAGAAAAUCCUAAAAAUAUUGGUAGGAAAGUGAAAAGAAAUAGUAGUUCAUCAGAGACAGAGAGUGCAAGUUCUGGCGAUGAUAGUAGUACCGAUACUGGCUGA